AUGACCGCCGAUCUCCCCGAGAUCAUGCGCUCGCUGAACCAGCUCUUCACCUCGGGUAACGUCUUAUACUUUAACAUAGCUAAUACUCCCGUGUGGAUUGUGGUCAUGUGCAACGACUAUGCCCGGCAUCAAGACUCGGCAUACGUCUUCCAUAAGGCACCCCAUGUUUCCCCCAUCUUGGGCGGUCGAAAAGUCGAUCACAUUAGGAUCCGCAUCGAGGCCCUAAGUCUAUGGCUGGUGAGAGAGGACCUUGAUGACAUCGAAACUGCCUAUCCUUUCGACAUCGGUUUUCCGUACAACCUUUUGAGCGGGUAUGACAAACAUCCGAUGGAGAAGUGGGUCGACGUCUCUGAUCUGGACGGCUUCAAUCUGGGCUACGUCACUUCACCGGCCUCGUUUCGGAAGAUGUCGUGA